CUGUUGGCAGGUUUGUCCACCGGUCUGCGGGGGAGUUGAGCCUGGUUGUAAACCUCCACACGGUGCGGUUCUCAGAGUAAUGGCUGUCUACAAGAAGACGGUAAGAAAAGCGUUUCAGUGAAAUAAUACCUUCUGUUUUAAAAUGUUUGUUAAAAGAAAACGAGAGAGAGAGAUGCUUUGGCUUUUUGGUUUUUCCUUUUCAGCUGCAGACCAUCACAGUCAUUUGAUCAGAGCGGAGGGCAGCCAAAGGCCUCAGUAUCUUGAGGAUUACAACACAAAAAGGCACAGUGUGACUGUUCCCUAUGAGCCGCCCCAGCCGGGCUCAGAGAUCACCACAAUCCUGUUCAACUUCAUGUGCAACAGCUCCUGCAUAGGAGGCAUGAACCGCAGACCCAUCCUCACCAUCCUGACCCUUGAGACUUCAGACGGACAACUUUUGGGCCGAAGAUGCUUCGAGGUGCGUGUCUGCGCGUGUCCCGGCAGGGAUCGUAAAACAGAGGAGGCAAAUAGUGCCAAACUUCAGACAGGGGCCAAACAAGUGAAGAAAAGAAAUAUUGCCCCAGCAACAGAUCCUGAUAUGUGCAAAAGGAAGUCUGGCUCAAGCACAGACGAGGAGGAAGUACUUAUGUUGCCAGUUAAAGGCCGUGAGCGCUAUAACAUGUUAAAAAAGAUAAAUGAUGCAUUAGAACUGGCUGAAAAAGAGGCGUAAGUAUCUUUAAACUACAAGACA